AGAAAAACCAUGACUCCGUAUAAAGGGCAAAACUUUGGUCUAUUUCUGCAGACGGUAGAACGAAGGAGAACUCGGAUUCCCUUCUUCCUUUCCUCCACCCCGAUUUCUAAGUUCAAUUCUCUCUCUAACCGCCCGGCGGCCGGUAGUUGACCCUCCCUUCCUUCUCCAUCUGACCUUGUUUUCUGCAAUUCCCUGUUAAUUUUCUUAUCUAGAAGUGCAGGUCUUUGGCUCUCUAGAACGAUGUCGGCGGUCGUGAGGCAGAGGCUGGGAGGCAAAACCCGAGUUUUUUCACAUUUGAGGCAAGCUCUCCAGAGGGCUGGAUUUACUGCAUCUGUUGCAGGGAAGAACAACUCAACCGCUGCUAAAGAGUUGACAGUACGUGAUGCUCUGAACUCCGCACUAGACGAGGAGAUGGCAGCUGAUCCAAAAGUUUUCAUCAUGGGCGAAGAGGUUGGAGAAUAUCAAGGAGCUUAUAAGGUAUCUCGUGGACUUCUAGAGAAGUAUGGUCCUGAUAGAGUUCGUGAUACGCCAAUCACAGAGGCUGGAUUUGCGGGAAUUGGAGUUGGCGCAGCAUAUUAUGGUUUGCGGCCAGUAGUGGAGUUUAUGACCUUCAAUUUCUCUAUGCAGUGCUAUUCUGCUUGGUAUGCUUCCUGCCCUGGUUUGAAAGUGCUGACCCCCUAUUCAUCAGAAGAUGCUAGAGGAUUGCUGAAAGCUGCUAUAAGAGAUCCCGAUCCUGUUGUUUUCCUUGAAAAUGAACUUCUAUAUGGAGAGUCUUUUCCAGUUUCAGCAGAUGUUCUUGAUUCAAAUUUUUGCUUACCAAUUGGAAAAGCUAAGAUUGAACGAGAAGGAAAACAUGUCACCAUCACUUCUUUCUCAAAGAUGGUUGGUUAUGCUCUCCAGGCAGCUGAGAUUCUCUCCAGGGAUGGGAUUAGUGCUGAGAUUAUAAAUCUUCGUUCUAUCAGACCGCUUGAUAGAGAUGCUAUCAUUUCUUCUGUGAAGAAAACCAACAGAUUGGUCACGGUAGAAGAAGGUUUCCCACAGCAUGGUGUUGGUGCAGAGAUUUGUGCCGUCGUCGUUGAGGAAUGCUUCGAGUAUCUCGACGCUCCGGUCGAGAGGAUUGCAGGAGCGGAUGUUCCAAUGCCAUAUGCUGCAAAUCUGGAGAAGCUGGCUCUUCCUCAGGUUGAGGACAUUGUCCGUGCAGCAAAGCGAGCUUGCUAUCGGUCAGUACCAUUAGCCGCAGCAGCGUAAUCGAUUUAUAAGAGUUCAGUGAAGGCAGUUUCUACCUCUUUUUUCUUUAUUUAAAUAAUACUAUUUUUUUGCUAUGAAUUAUUGUGUGAAAAUAAAAAAAAAUAUAUUGAUGGGCACUAAUUCACUAAUAAAACAUUUGAUUGUUU